CCACACCAAUCGGUGCCCUCUUCAUUAAUACUCCUCUGAGUAGUUUUAGGGGAGAAGAAGGAAAAAAAACCUAUCCUUUUGGCGACCAUCUACCCAUCAUAGAAAACAUCAACAGAUAUAUGAAUAAGUUAGUACUGAUGAUGGAAAACAAACAGACAAUCUGAUCAGAGCAACUUCAGUGGGUAGCUGUAAAUCUCUCUCUCUCUCUCUGUAAGUGUUCUUUAAUUUGUUUAAGAUAUAUGAAUCUAUCAGAGGGCUCUGAUGAAAGAAGAUUCUAAUAUAAGCCCAGGCAUGAGCAUCUUUCAAUGUUCUCUUUGUUUCUCCUGCAGGCUGAUUGUACUUUUGACUCUACUCUACAAGCCAAGUAAAUUUCAAAGGAUAUAGGUAUCAUUUACCAUGACUCCAUCAAAUAAAAACUGGCCGAGCAUGUUCAAGGCAAAGGGUGGCAGCAAGAAGGGUAAUAACAAUCAAUGGAUGGCUUCAGACAAGAAUUCCUCAAGAGCUUCAUCUUCAUCAUCCGCUAAGUUUGAGGAGAGGACGCCGGAGUUGAAGGAGAGAUGGAACCCCCGGCCGGAGCAGAUUCGGAUCCUGGAAGCCGUUUUCAACUCCGGCAUUGUCACUCCCAUGAGGGAAGACAUCGUUAGAAUCAGAACCAGAAUCGAAGAGUACGGCAAAGUCGCUGAUUCCAGUGUCUUUUACUGGUUUCAGAACCGCAAGUCCCGAAGCAAGAACAAGCAGCGAAAGCUCCGGUCAGCCGAGGCUCCGCAGCCCCCGCCCCCGCACCCGUCCCCGCCGCAGAGAAACCUUCCCCACCCUCCUCCGACCACUCUUGUGGCUCCAACCGUUACCAUACUUUCCUCUUCCUCCUCGUCCUCGUCCUCCUCUAAUUCUGGAUCGAACUUUAACAACAACAAUAUUAAUACUAAUAUUGGCAAUGGCUCAUCCUUUUACCAAACUCCUAUGAACAGCGAGUUUCAUACCGAACCGCUGCCCCCGCCACUGCCACUGUUGUACCCUAGUGUGCCGCUUCCGGUCGGUACGACUUCGGCCUCGGAGAAUUUCAAUCAAGGGUUUUGUUUCAAGGAAGCUGUGGAUGUUUCUCAAGCUUCUUAUUCUGAUCUCCUCACUAUUGGGAACUCUUCUGCCGGUUUGAUGCCUACUUACGUCAACAACGGCGUAGCUCUCAAUAUCGACCCUAAUCAACAUUUUGCUCCUUCUUUUGCUCCCCCUUUUCAAGGUGAAAUGAAAGCGACGGUGAUCGUAAACGGUAUGGCGUAUGAGGUGCCGACCGGAAUCUUCAACAUCCCGGAGACGUUCGGUGACGGAGCGGUUCUGCUUCAUUAUCCUUCCGGCGAGCCGGUGGUCACUAAUGAAUGGGGAUUUACUUUGGAUCUGUUAGAGCCCGGAGCUUUCUACUACUUGUUCCGCACCUCAUCUUAGGUCAACAUGGAUCAAAGAUUCAGAAGAUAGAUGGGGCGAUGUUCAGUCGGCUGGGGACGGGAUGGAAUGUGUUGCAGUUAUAUGGCUCUUGUUCUUCAAUUGAAAUUCCUUUUAUUUUCCGAAUUUUAAACAUUCCCAUCAUUUAGAUCUUAUUCCCUUUAAUUAAUUAAUUAAUUAAUUAUUUGUUGUAUUUUAGAAAAAAGAACUUUAUUGAGUGGUUUGUCAAAGUAGUUAUUUUCUGUGUAGGAUGGUGGAGAGUAUGUAUGUAUGCCACAUCU